AUGAGCUUGUCCUUUGUCCUAUGGGGCCUUUAUCUCGUGCGUUUGCCAUUCGUUUUCGGCCUCAGGGAGCCAAAGCCCAAGCCUCCUGAGCCACCGGCGGAGACCAAGCCGGAGGCAUGGUCGAGUUGCCGGAACCAGCAGGUGACAAGCUGGCACAGGGGGACAGCCGUGAUGGCAGGGGCUGGGGGUGGCCUUGAGCCUUCAGUGAGGGCAAAUGCAGAGACCAAGAAACCUCGCCUUCUGGUGGAACAGCAAGUUCUUCAAAAAGGAGCGAAGUCAGUACUUGCGCUAAACCAAGACCUCAAAGGGGAGGAGGAACACAACCAUUCAUGCGCGCGCGAGCGCGAGCUGACAAAGGGCGGCGAGUUUCGCCCAGAGGACGCAGAUGGACGCCCUGCCGCCGUGGACUCCGUGGUGCAUUUCCAGGACUCCGUGCAAGUGGUGGAGUUCUCCCGACUCGUGGGUGCGGGUGGAGGGGUGCCCAGCGAUACGGGAGCCUCCCUGGGAUUGGGCCUCCAAAAACGCAUGGUGAUGGAACCCUUGGCAACGGAGCGGCCGGGUGUGGGGAAGUUGGACAAGGCGGCAGAGCCGGUGCCUCCACAACGCCGCGCCCAGAUGCUGCGAGAGGCCAUGGGCCAUGUCGAGUACUGCAAAGCCCAGCGGGUUCAUCGCAAGGAGCUUUUGACCUUGCAGAACCACCGGGACGAGAACAACCAGACGGACGAGGACUUCGAGCCGAUGCCGGAAUCACUCCGCGCGGCACGGAAGAUGGCGCAGAAGUUGGCACGCGAGGUCGCAAGCAUUAGCGCUGGCCUCGCAGGUUCCCAGGGCAAGAAGACUGGUGUUAGCCAAGAAGUCAGGCAGAGAACCAAAGGGCGAGGGAAGGCUCGAGCCAAAGUGAAAGCCGAAGUGAAGCGCAAGGGUGGCCCCAAGGGCUCAAAGGCAGGCCGAGGCAGAGCCAAAGGCAAAGCCAAAGGCAGAGCCAAAGGCAGAGCCAAAGGCAGAGCCAAAGGCAGAGCCAAAGGCAGAUGA